AUGCGUUUGAACAUCAUUUAUGCUGGUGUUACUGACAUUGAUUCAUUUUCUAAUACUGUACUUUUGUUUGCCUGCGAAGAUACGGAUUACAGGAACCCAGGUACACGCACAGGAACACACGCAGGCACCGCAGCCAGCGGCAGCACCGACAUCACCGGAGAAGAGGAGGUCGAACCACCAUCUUACCCAAAGCAGAGAGCACCUACUCGCAUGAAGAAGGCCGCAGGAUCCAUCCGCCACGCAGUGACGGAAUCUGAAUCGAUGAACAGGCACGGCCAGCGCCCCCACAAGCCUGCUCCUCCACCUCCCGACGACCACCAACGUCGACGACGCCGGCACAGACCACCGGCAGCAGAAGCUCAUGUACAAGUGCGGCACGCCGCACCACCCCCAGACCCUCCGCCGCAAGAACGGAGCCCUCCUUGCCGCGACGAAGAGAGGGACAGGGGACAAAAGCUCCAGACGCAGGCCGCCGUCUUCGCAGCACCGACCAUGCCCCGAGCACCAGAACACGCCGGAUCGACAGAUCCGCGCAAACACACCGGCUGCAGCUCGCCGACUUCGCCGAAGACGACGCCGGGAAGGGGAUCGAGCUCCAGCACCAAAACUCCAGGAAGGCACCACCAUCCCCCACUCGCCGGCGCCCUCGGAGAAGCUACUCCUACUAUCUACACGCCGAGAACGCAGAACCAGGGUUCCCCCACUCUCCCGCCGCCGGAGCGGCAGGCGGAGAGGAGGGGAACCACCGGCCUGGCCGGCGGCGGAGCGAGGAACUUUGGGUCGCCUCCUUAUCGCCUGGGAGAGGAUAAGGACGAGAUGUUUUUGUUUUCUUGCAAUAAUUUAUCCUGA